UUUUUAGUGAGUACGACUGCGGCACGCUGGCUGAAACAGAUCGGCCAAUCUGCCCCUUCCAUCCAUAAUUAUUCCCAUCAAGGCUAGGCUUCUCGAUUUCAGCUGGGAUUGGAGGUCGCCCUGGGCUCGUUGAAGUAGUGCCAUGAAUAAACAGUUAUUGUCCUGUUCCCUGAAAGGAGGUCGACAGACAACUACGGUAGUUGCAUCAGUUGCUGCUGAUGGCGUCGAUCAGCAGGUGGAAGUGUCGUAUUGUGACCAAAAGGUGGUCGGAAAUGGCUCCUUUGGUGUGGUGUUCCUCGCGAAAUUGCAGGAAAAUAAUGAACCAGUUGCAAUCAAGAAGGUGCUCCAGGACAAGCGGUUUAAAAACAGAGAAUUGCAAAUCAUGCGAAAGCUUUCACAUCCGAAUAUCGUAAAGCUAAAGUACUUCUUUUAUUCUGGUGGAGAAAAAAAGGACGAGUUAUAUCUAAAUUUGAUAUUGGAGUAUGUUCCGGAAACAGUGUACAGGGUAGCUCGCCACUACUCGAAACAGCGGCAAUCUAUCCCAUUGAUAUAUGUGAAGCUGUAUAUGUACCAGCUAUUUCGGGCCUUAGCGUAUAUCCACGGAAUCGGUAUAUGUCAUCGAGAUAUCAAGCCGCAAAAUCUGCUCAUUGAUCCGGAGUCAGGCAUCUUGAAACUUUGCGAUUUUGGAUCAGCAAAAUAUCUUGUUAAGGGUGAACCAAAUGUAUCGUACAUCUGCUCUCGGUACUAUCGAGCUCCGGAGCUCAUAUUUGGAGCCACGAAUUACACAAAUUCAAUCGAUGUAUGGUCAGCAGGCACGGUGAUGGCAGAGCUUUUACUAGGACAACCAAUCUUUCCCGGUGACUCGGGUGUUGACCAACUUGUCGAAAUCAUAAAGGUUCUCGGAACACCAACCAAGGAACAGAUACAGAGCAUGAACCCAAAUUAUAAAGAGUUCAAGUUCCCUCAGAUCAAAGCUCAUCCCUGGGCAAAGGUGUUCCGUGCCAGCACUCCGCAAGAAGCCAUCGAUCUUAUUUCGACAAUUAUCGAAUAUACACCUAGCGCAAGGCCUUCACCUCAACAAGCAUGUUUACAUGCGUUUUUCGAUGAACUACGAAUGCCAGAUACGAAGCUUCCGUCUGGUCGUCCGCUACCUCCCUUAGAGAUGGAUGGUGAUGAAAAUCGCUCGGGUCAUGUUGGGCAUGACUCUGCGGCUGAGCAAAGCUAGAUCAUGUUUCUGUUCGUGUUUAAUCUCUUUAUGCCCCCUCAAGCAGCACGGGCCAUGCUCCUCGUGUCUGGUCUAGCUCUUCUGUCGACAUUUGGAUUCAAGAUGACCCCACCUUUGCUCCGUUCACAGUUGGCACGAGUUGUUGUCAGCCGUUUCUCUCACCUCGUGUCGCUUGUCGAAGCCCUUUUAAUUCGUCAGUUCCCGAUGAAUCGUUCGUAUUUCUUCGUAAAUGUGUGUCCCUUGCUUGGCGACGCACAUUCUCUUGUACAUUUCCUAUUGUUUGCUCUUGUCUCUCCCUUUCAAAUUCGCUCUUCAUCUCGUUCAUGGUUUUCCCUGAAUCACUCAGUCUAACAGUGCUGAAUUUUGCUAGCCAGGAGCGAGAAGCAGUCUUAGAGCGCGUUUUCUAAUCACAGUCCCUCGAUCGUUUAGUGUAUAUAAGUACUGAUGUUUUUGGUUGCGUAUCACACACCAUCCAUCCAUCCUUAAAUUAUCGCGAUUCUUUGUUUGUGGAGUCUCGUCUAUAUCUUCGCAUCGUUAUUAUAUUUACGCGGUGAAAUGCUCUAUCCCGAACCAUCCUUGUCUCUGUUUCUUCAUCUCUUCCAUUUCCUAGUAGGGUCGGUGGUGUGAGCUGCUCCCAGCUUCCAAAGACUGUUCAUUUUUCAUUUAGAGCCAUAGAGAAAUCUCUCUUAUCGUCCCGAAAGGUCAUGAGUGAGGCUAUGUCGUGUAUGAUUUGGCUCAUAAACAUUAAAUACGUUAAGCAUCCUAGUACAUUUUUCUCGUUAAGCAUGAAUGUGAUAAAUGUUAAGCGCACGUCGGGAAUCUUGUCAUUGUACAUCUUAUCAUUUCCUGUUCUUGAGAUUUUCAAGAAAAUAUAUGUGCUAAUGGUCA